UUUCGUAGAUUCAUAAAAAAAUGCAAGGUCUUUCUUCUCCAUCCUUCUAAAUACAUUGGCGCGAACUAUUCUCGAUGCGCCCACCAGUUUCUGCGAGCGGUGGGGACUUGCAGCACUCACUCAUCUCCCGCCUCCGAUUCUCUUCUCCGCGGUAACAGUCGGGGUUGCAAUGGAUCUACGUGAUAGCGAUCGCCAUUGGCUGCUGGCGACCAUCCUCUACUCGGAACUAUCGCCGUCUGCCACGAGAACUAUCGCCGUCGAGCAGCUUCUGAGACGGAGCACUGGAUCGGCCGAUCUGGACGACUCUGCACCGUCAAAUGACGGUAGGUCAGGGAGAUCAUUAUUUCCCGAGGCACCUAGCGAUCCUAAGAAGAAGAUCGGAUUGUAUCCACCCUUGUUUUACGCCGCCUGUACAGCAGGAGGCCUCGUUAGCUGCGGCCUCACGCACAUGGCUGUCACUCCCCUCGAUCUUGUCAAGUGCAAUAUGCAGAUUGAUCCAGCAAAAUACAAGAGCAUCUUAUCAGGAUCUAUUGCGCUGCUAAAGGAGCAGGGCUUGGGAGGCUUCUUCAAAGGAUGGGUGCCUACCCUACUAGGAUAUAGUGCUCAAGGCGCUUGCAAAUUUGGCUUCUAUGAAUUUUUCAAGAAAUAUUAUUCCCAUAUGGCUGGGCCAGAGUUUGUUGAAAAGUAUAAGACCUUGAUCUAUCUGGCUGGUUCUGCUUCUGCUGAGCUGAUUGCGGAUUUAGCUCUAUGCCCCAUGGAGGCUGUGAAGGUUCGAGUUCAAACACAGCCAGGGUUUGCUAGGGGUCUAUCUGAUGGAUUCCCCAAAUUUGUGAAAUCUGAAGGAUAUACUGGAUUGUACAAGGGGCUUGUACCACUCUGGGGUCGUCAAAUUCCUUAUACUAUGAUGAAGUUUGCUUCUUUUGAGACUAUUGUUGAAAUGAUAUACAAGUAUGCCAUCCCAGUACCCAAGGACAAGUGCAGCAAAACUACUCAACUAGGGGUGAGUUUUGCUGGUGGCUACAUCGCCGGCAUCCUCUGUGCGGUUGUUUCUCACCCAGCUGACAACCUUGUCUCCAUUCUCAACAAUGCUAAGGAUGCCACUGUUGGUGAUGCUGUCAGGAAGAUUGGGCUGUGGGGUCUUUUCACCCGCGGUCUUCCACUUCGCAUUGUAAUGAUUGGCACUCUAACGGGCGCGCAGUGGGGUAUCUAUGAUGCUUUCAAAGUUUUUGUUGGCCUGCCAACAACUGGUGGAGUUUCACCAGCUUCUGCUGAUUCUCCAGCUGUGAAGCUGAGCAAACUAACCUGAUCUAGACUUUGCAAAUUCCUAUUCAGAUGAUAAAGGGAAAUGGUGGCAGCGGAGAAAUAAUAUAAUCCUUGUCUUUGUGCCUAAUGAAUAUCAUUAUCUCCAUGUGAGGAUGCUUUUUUGAUCCUUAGUGGGCAAAUUGAGGUUGAAAGAAAUGUGCAGUGGAGAGAGGCUUUAAAGUACGUACGAUAAUAAGAGGAAGAUGAUAGAGAAGAGUACAUCACUUGCUUGUAAUCCAUCUGCGCUGACUUAGAGAGGUAUGGCUGAUUGAUACAGUUUUCACUCUUCUUUCAUUCCAAUCCAUUAAUCAUCGAACUUUUAUUAAACUUAUAUUUUAAUGUAGGCUUCGAAUGAUUUUCAUGUAACUUUUUAAUAUAAAUUUUUAAUUUUUACUAAAAAA